AUGUUACUAUGUCCUGUUUGUAACAAGUCAUUAGUAGAUCUAUAUAGACUGAACCAGCAUUUGGAUGAGGUUCAUUUUAAAGUGGUGGAGAAGCAAGAGACGGUGAAAUCAUGGUUUAAAAAGUGCGUAGAGGAGGCAAAACACCUUGCAUCCGUUGCAGUAGCACAAAACAUUAUAAACAGAUCAGAUGUAUUUGAAUUGAAUGAAAACAAGGUUGAUUAUGGUGAGACAGGGAGAGAGAUAGAGACGGUUACGAAAGAGCAUUGGAAAAUAGGAACAGAAGAUACAGUAUGUUCAAGAGUAUCAUGUAAAAAACCGUUGUCCGUCAAAGCAGAUCGCGUGAAUUGGAGAGAUGCAAAUACAUAUAUAUACAUGUGUAUGUACACAGAUAUAUAUACUGGUGCAUGGAUACAAAUGCAUUUGUACAUAACACAUGUAUGGUAUAUGUGCACAUUCUGUAUGCAUUGUAUGCAAAUUCCAUGUGCAGUAUAUGUAUAUUGUACGUGCAAUAUACAUACAUUGUGUAUGUCUAAUAUGCGUUGUGUGCAUUGCAUACGUGGUAUAUGUGUUGUCCUGGAUACGUCAUGGUGGGAAAUGCGGGGAACUAUUUUGCCAUAUUCAUACAAUAUUAAGCUUUCUAAAGAAGCCCGACAUGACCCUAUGCAUGGUAUAUGGUCUCGUGUUUGCAAAAACUGCUAUGAAGAGAGAGAAGGAUACAUGGACACGAAUGGGCCCAUUAUAGACUUUUUUCCUGAAUUUAAACAGCAUCGUACACAGGCGGUACAUAAAAUUAAUCUUUAUGCCAACAGACUCGAAAAAAGGCUUUCAAAACUUACAAAUCUCCUUACAUCAAAUCCAACCAAAGAGUCUACUACAAACUCUUUUUUUAAACCCUUCAUUUCCUUUAAAUUGCAUAAAAAAGCAUUAGAACAAACAGUUGUAUCGUGGGAAAGCGACUUGUCUGUCACCCAUUGCCCACUUUGCAGGCUUCCUUUCAGUCAUACGAAUAGAAAACAUCAUUGCAGACUCUGCGGGAAAAUCGUAUGUGACGGCCUGAAGGCCUUGUGCUCCUCAAAAAUCCGGCUUGACCCUAAAGACUCGUGUUCUGCUGCGCCCUUUGAUGCCGAAACAGGUACUCUAUUUCAUGCUUUCUCACAAUUAUACAUGUUUAGUGCACAAAAACUCGGCAAACAGUGCUCCCCAUUCAGACAUAUCCAUACGUGUCUGCAAAAACUGCCAGCGUGUCCUUUUCUCCAGAAAAGAAUUCCACAACUCUCUCUUAAGGCCACAGGAAACCAGACUCGUCCAGACCAAGACCCAGCUCCGCAUCCAUUAUGCCCUGCUCAAAAUAGCAAGGCAAUGCAUACAGUACGUGCAGUACAGUGCACAGCACGCGCACAGCAGUGCUGUCCACAUUAUACACGCUAUACUGCCAUGCACAGCACGCGCUUGCAUACAGUGCGUACACAUAGCAGAGAGUAUGCACAGCAUAUAUGCUGUGUAGGUGUGCAUAGCAUUGCAAUGUGA